CUAGUGGUUGCCUACACCUGAAAAACAAGACAGUGCUUGACUCUCAACCAAAGAACUGGACGGCUCUCCGCCGCAGUCCCAGUCCCCGAGUUUGUGGCUGGCAUUUGGGCCACGCCGGGCUGCGUGCUAGAGGCUGGGCGGUCACAGCGAGGGGCACGCGGUUUGGGGCCACACAGCUCCGCUUCUAGGCCCCAACUACUGUUAAAAGGGGAAGCCCGUGCUCCAUCUAGGUCCGCUCUUACUGAGUCCAGAGCCAUCCCGCGCUCUGCGGGCUGGGAGGUCGGGCCCAGACGCGCGUCCUGCGCAGCCGAGGCUCCCCAGCGCCCCCUGCAGCCGCGCGUAAGGGGAGACGGGGCCCGGCCCUGCGCCUCCGCACCACGCCCGGGACCCCACCCAGCGGCCCGUACCCGGAGAAUCAGCGCGAGAACCCGAAGCUCCCGGCGAGCAGCAGAAACCGGGAGUGGGGCCGGGCGAGUGCGCGGCAUCCCAGGCCAGCCGAAUCGCUCCGCCCGCGGUGGGCCGACUUCCCCUCCUCUUCCCUCCCUCCUUCCUUUCCUGUAGCCCGCCGGCGCCGGACACGCUGCGCCUCAUCUCUUGGGGCGUUCUUCCCCGUUGGCCAACCGUCGCAUCCCGUGCAACUUUGGGGUAGUGGCCGUUUAGUGUUGAAUGUUCCCCACCGACAGCGCAUGGCUUGGGAAGCGAGGCGCGAACCUGGUCCCCGAAGGGCCGCCCUCCGGGAGACGGUGAUGUUGUUGCUGUGCCUGGGGGUCCCGACCGGCCGCCCCUACAACGUGGACACUGAGAGCGCGCUGCUUUACCAGGGCCCCCCCAACACGCUGUUCGGCUACUCGGUCGUGCUGCACAGCCACGGGGCGAACCGAUGGCUCGUGGUGGGUGCGCCCACUGCCAACUGGCUCGCCAACGCUUCAGUGAUCAAUCCCGGGGCGAUUUACAGAUGCAGGAUCGGGAAGAAUCCCGGCCGGACGUGCGAACAGCUCCAGCUGGGUAGCCCUAAUGGAGAACCUUGUGGAAAGACUUGUUUGGAAGAGAGAGACAAUCAGUGGUUGGGGGUCACACUUUCCAGACAGCCAGGAGAAAAUGGAUCCAUCGUGACUUGUGGGCAUAGAUGGAAAAAUAUAUUUUACAUAAAGAAUGAAAAUAAGCUCCCCACUGGUGGUUGCUAUGGAAUGCCCCCUGAUUUACGAACAGAACUGAGUAAAAGAAUAGCUCCGUGUUAUCAAGAUUAUGUGAAAAAAUUUGGAGAAAAUUUUGCAUCAUGUCAAGCUGGAAUAUCUAGUUUUUACACAAAGGAUUUAAUUGUGAUGGGAGCCCCAGGAUCAUCUUAUUGGACUGGCUCUCUUUUUGUCUACAAUAUAACUACAAAUAAAUACAAGGCUUUUUUAGACAGACAAAAUCAAGUAAAAUUUGGAAGUUAUUUAGGAUAUUCAGUUGGAGCUGGUCAUUUUCGGAGUCAGCAUACUACUGAAGUAGUCGGAGGAGCUCCUCAACACGAGCAGAUUGGUAAAGCAUAUAUAUUCAGCAUUGAUGAAAAAGAACUAAAUAUCUUACAUGAAAUGAAAGGUAAAAAGCUUGGAUCGUACUUUGGAGCUUCUGUCUGUGCUGUGGACCUUAACGCAGAUGGCUUCUCAGAUCUGCUCGUGGGAGCGCCCAUGCAGAGCACCAUCAGAGAGGAAGGAAGAGUGUUUGUGUACAUCAACUCCGGCUCGGGAGCAGUAAUGAAUGAAAUGGAAACAAAUCUCGUUGGAAGUGACAAAUAUGCUGCAAGAUUUGGCGAAUGUAUAGUUAAUCUUGGUGACAUUGACAAUGAUGGCUUUGAAGAUGUUGCUAUCGGAGCUCCGCAAGAAGAUGACUUGCAAGGUGCUAUUUAUAUUUACAAUGGCCGUGCAGAUGGGGUCUCAUCAGCCUUCUCGCAGAGAAUUGAAGGACUUCAGAUCAGCAAAUCGUUAAGUAUGUUUGGACAGUCUAUAUCAGGACAAAUUGAUGCAGAUAAUAAUGGAUAUGUAGAUGUAGCAGUUGGUGCUUUUCGGUCUGAUUCUGCUGUGUUGCUAAGGACAAGACCUGUAGUCAUUGUUGAAGCUUCUUUAAGCCACCCUGAGUCAGUAAAUAGAACGAAAUUUGACUGUGUUGAAAAUGGAUGGCCUUCUGUGUGCAUGGAUCUAACACUUUGUUUCUCAUAUAAGGGCAAGGAAGUUCCAGGUUACAUUGUUUUGUUUUAUAACAUGAGUUUGGAUGUGAACAGAAAGACAGAGUCUCCACCAAGAUUCUGUUUUUCUUCUAAUGGAACUUCUGACGUGAUUACAGGAAGCAUACAAGUGUCCAGCGGAGUAGCUAACUGUAGAACACAUCAAGCAUUUAUGCGGAAAGAUGUGCGGGACAUCCUCACCCCAAUUCAGAUUGAAGCUGCUUACCACCUUGGUCCUCACGUCAUCAGUAAACGAAGCACAGAGGAAUUCCCACCACUUCAGCCAAUUCUUCAGCAGAAGAAAGAAAAAGACAUAAUUAAAAAAACAAUAAGCUUUGCAAGGUUUUGUGCCCAUGAAAAUUGUUCUGCUGAUUUACAGGUUUCUGCAAAGAUUGGGUUUUUGAAGCCCCAUGAAAAUAAAACCUACCUUGCUGUUGGGAGUAUGAAGACAUUAAUGUUGAAUGUGUCCUUGUUUAAUGCUGGAGAUGAUGCAUAUGAAACGACUCUACAUGUCAAACUACCCAUGGGUCUUUACUUCAUUAAGAUUUUAGAGCUGGAAGAGAAGCAAAUAAACUGUGAAGUCACAGAUAACUCUGGCAUGGUACAACUUGACUGCAGUAUUGGCUAUAUAUAUGUAGAUCAUCUCUCAAGGAUAGAUAUUAGCUUUCUCCUGGAUGUGAGCUCACUCAGCAGAGCGGAAGAGGACCUCAAUAUCACAGUGCAUGCUACCUGUGAAAAUGAAGGGGAAAUGGACAAUCUAAAGCACAGCAGAGUGACUGUAGCAAUACCUUUAAAAUAUGAGGUUAAGCUGACUGUUCAUGGGUUUGUAAACCCAACUUCAUUUGUGUAUGGAUCAAAUGAUGAAAAUGAGCCUGAAAUGUGCAUGGUGGAGAAAAUGAACUUAACUUUCCAUGUUAUCAACACUGGCAAUAGCAUGGCUCCUAAUGUUAGUAUGGAAAUAAUGGUACCAAAUUCUUUCAGCCCCCAAACUGAUAAGCUGUUCAACAUUUUGGAUGUCCAGACUACUACUGGAGAAUGCCACUUUGAAAAUUAUCAAAGAGUAUGUGCAUUAGAGCAGCAAAAGAGUGCAAUGCACACCUUGAAAGGCAUGUUCCAGUUCUUGUCCAAGACUGAUAAGAGGCUAUUGUACUGCAUAAAAGCUGAUCCACAUUGUUUAAAUUUCCUAUGUAAUUUCGGGAAAAUGGAAAGUGGAAAAGAAGCCAGUGUUCAUAUCCAGUUGGAAGGCCGACCAUCCAUUUUAGAAAUGGAUGAGACUUCAGCACUCAAAUUUGAAAUAAGAGCAACAAGUUUUCCAGAGCCAAAUUCAAGAGUUAUUGAACUAAACAAGGAUGAGAAUGUUGCACAUGUUCUCCUGGAAGGACUACAUCAUCAAAGACCCAAACGUUAUUUCACCAUAGUGAUUAUUUCAAGUAGCUUGCUACUUGGACUUAUUGUACUUCUGUUGAUCUCAUAUGUUAUGUGGAAGGCCGGCUUCUUUAAAAGACAAUACAAAUCUAUCCUACAAGAAGAAAACAGAAGAGACAGUUGGAGUUACAUCAACAGUAAAAGCAAUGAUGAUUAAGGACUUCUUUCAAAUUGAGAGAAUGGAAAACAGACUCAGGUUGUAGUAAAGAAAUUUAAGACACUGUUUACAA